CUUGUAAUAAAUAGUGAAUAAUGUUAUGCAUUUUUGUUAUUUAAAAUAUUUUCUUCAACUAAAUAAUGCCUUCCUUACGUAAAAAAGUUUCCACAUAUUUACGUCAGUUAAGUUUUCAUGGUGAACCUCGACGAAAUCGAAGUGAUAAUGUUAACGAUAAUUGUUUCAUUACCAAAUAUUUAUCUGGGGAACAUGUUCGUUAUAAUGCAAAAGAGGCACCAAUCAUCUUAUAUGGUAAAGAAUUAAAAGAUUUACCAUGCUACGAUAUUGGACCGUAUUCGGUGGGUGCGAAUACUGUUUUAAGCGCGUAUACUGGACCUGAUGGUGGAUUAACGUCUGUUAAUAGAUCUCAAAAACAUUUAUCAAUUGCUGAUCCUGAAAUUGAUUUUAUUGAUAACCCUGAUGAACAGAAUGAGAAUGCAUCAAAAUCUUUGGACUCAUCAAACAAAAUUGGUGGUAUCAGUGAUUGGAACAAUGCUUCAGAUUUUGCAUAUGGAUUGUCCAACACAUUGUAUGAAAAAAAUCCAAUAACAAGUAAAAAUAAUGGUGAUCCAAUUGCAGAUUGUUUUGGAAUAAUUGCACGAAAAGAUUCAGCUAUUUUAGCAUUAGCUGAUGGUGUUAAUUGGGGGCAAAAAGCAAGUAUAGCAGCUAAGUCCGCAGUGCACGGUUGUUUACAUUAUUUAAACAACACAAUAUUUUCAGGGAACAAUCAAAACGAAUUUCUAAAAACAAAUGACGAAUGUUUAUCGUCAAUUGCAAAACAACAAAGUGAUCAACAAUCAGCAAGGCAACAUAAAAAUAGUGUUGGAUCCCAACAAAAACCAUCAACCAAUCGUAAAACACGUACCGCAGAAAGUUUGAUUGAAUCAAGUUUAAAAACUACACGACAAUCGACGGAAAAAAUAUAUCGACAGCCUGCCCAUAUAACGAAACCACCACGGGGUCACAAGAACAAACGUUUGAGCAACACAGUAUCCACACUCAAACUACAGCAAACAAAAUCGUCGAGUUUAAGUUCUUCGUCCAAUUAUAGUACUGCAAAAAGUACAUUAUCUGAUGAUAUUGAUCUCAUAAAAAAUAUUGACGAGAAAGAAAAUUCAACACCAGGUCCAUCUAAUUCGAAUAAAAAAGAUACCAUCGAAUCGGAUAAAUGUGAUUCACAAGCAGUAUCCAAUAAUAAUAAUUUAAUUGUAAACACUGAAGAAGUCUUCAUAAGUUUGCUUCGCAGUUUUUAUGAAGCGCAUAACUUAAUUUUAGAUAAUGAAGGAAUGUUGACGACUCUAACCGUAGCAAUUAUUUUACCAUUAAAACAAAAAAGUAAACGAGAUUCAAAUUGUUGUGAUGAUUUAAGAGAAGCCUUUUUAAAAGAGAUAUCACCAAGCCGUAGUUUUGAUUCGCAUAAACGUGAUUCGUUAAAUAUUCAAGCAUUAGGCGAAGCUACAAGAUAUAUUUGUUGUGUGUGUAAUUUAGGUGAUAGUUUGGCGUACGUUUAUUCGAAAAAAUAUGGUAUACGAGAACUAACACAAGGAUCUCAUGAUGUUCAUUCUAUGCGUGAUAUGCGAGAUGCACUUGGAGCUCUUGGCCCAGUAGAUGGUAAAAAUCCUGAACUAAAUAAUUUAACAUUAUCAAUGUCAAUCCUCGAACCGGGUGAUAUUGUUUUUAUAACUAGUGACGGUGUAAGUGAUAAUUUCGAUCCGGUUGUUGGCAAAUUUGCAGUAUUGCCACCAUCACCAAAAGAAGUACGCAAUCCAUCGAUAAAACAACGACCUGGUAGUUCAAAUGUUACAUCAUCGCAACGAUCAUCUUCACAACGUCCAAAAUUUUUACGUUCAAACACAUCACUAGUGCCACACGCACCUGGUGAUAGUUCAACACAUAAACGUACAGAUAUUCUACGCUCAAAAGAAGGAUUACCAAUUGUAAAAGCAUUUCAAAGGCAUGAAUUAACACUAUUACGUAUGGAAGAUUUGUUAAAUAAGGGUAUUUCAGGGUACGAACAGCAAUGUUCAACGGCAAAACAACUUUGUCAAAUGCUAGUCGAUUUUAGUUUAAAAAUAACCGCAGCAAAAAGACACUUUUUAGAAGAUAUUGAUUUGUAUUAUGAAGAAAAUAAUAAGGUAUUAGUUGAAUUAAGUGCCAAAGAACAAAAAUUACGACGUCGUAAAUGUUUAGAUAAAAUUAGUACGAUGCCAGGUAAAUUAGAUCAUGCUAGUGUUGUUGCAUAUGUUGUUGGAUGUUUUCAACAAGAUGCCAGCAAUUCAGAUACAGAAAGUUCAAUUUUAGAAACAAAUUUAUAAUUAUAGGGACCAUUUAAUAUAAAUAAAACAUUCUUAUCAUUUUUUUAAUAGUGAUGAGAAAAUAUUAUUUGUAUUUAAGUAAACUCUUUUGGAUGAGAAAACUGUGUAGAAAAUCGCACGAUACGUAAUUUUUUAACGCUGUCUGUUAUCACGCUAACUUUUUUAAUAUUUUAAAUCUCUUUAUUUGGCGAUAAAUCUGAAUUUUUGUUAUUAAUUUACACUACUUUUUGUUGUUUUCAAAAAAAAAUUUUAAUACGAGAUAUUUAAAAACCUUGGGUAUAAUUAAAACCUCUUUUUAUUGAAAUCAGAAAAUCAUUAUACUGUACCCAUGUUAGAUACUGAAAACAGCGCCGACAAUAGUAAUUUUAUUGGCAAGAUU